CCUUCUCUCUCCAACCCUCUCCAUUUCUCGUAUAAUCUGGCCUCGGUUAGAGAAAAAACGGAGAGAUCUGAGUGGGAGAGCGAGAGACACCAAAAUGGGUUCGACUUCGCCGGAACUGAGCUUGGAUUUUAAGCCGACAUAUGUCCCCCAGACUAUUAGUGGUUUUCUGAGGGAGCUCUCGACAAUCGGAGAUAUUUCCCAGAGGUCGUCGAAGCUUGAUGACUACGUUAAGAGGUUAGAAGAAGAAAUGAAGAAGAUCGAGGCUUUCAAACGCGAACUUCCUCUCUGCAUGCUUCUUCUUAACGAUGCUAUUGUAUCAUUGAAGGAGGAAGGAAUGCAGUGUACGACAUCGAAUGUUCGACCUGUGAUGGAAGAAUUCAUUCCGUUAAAGAGAAAUUCCGACGAAGAUGUAAGAGCGAAAAAGGAAAAAGAGAGCAGAGACAAGAAAAAUUGGAUGAGUUCUGCGCAAUUAUGGAGCAGUAGUGGUUAUUCUAACCAGGACACCAGUUACGAUAGGAAUCAAAAAUCAGUAGUAGAUGGGAAAGAGGUAACUGAACCAGAGGAUCACUCUGUACCUGAGAACCCAUUUCAGUCCUGUAAGUAUAGGAGCCGGGGAGGAGCAUUUAUGCCGUUCAAAGGAUAUACUGGUUUCCCGACAACGCCGUUGAAGGAAGAUAAAGAGGUUUUGCCAGUACCCGCACUCUCUCUUUUUACCCCUGGAAUUAAAACUCCCAGACAUGAACCGAACCCCAGUUGUCUGAAUUCGAAGAACAGUCUAGGUAACAGAGCUUUUGCUUCCCCGUCUACUAAACCUCAAUCGAAUUUACAAACGGCCACGCAGCAACAGCAACAACAAACUUCGAGGAAGCAAAGGAGAUGUUGGUCCCCAGAGUUACAUCGUCGUUUCGUGAGUGCCCUACAACAGCUCGGAGGAUCUCAAGUGGCUACACCGAAGCAGAUUCGGGAAUUGAUGAAGGUCGAUGGCCUCACGAACGACGAAGUGAAGAGCCAUUUGCAGAAAUACCGGCUUCACACCCGAAGACUUCCUGCCGCCUCAUCCCCUGCAAAUCAAUCAGUUGUUGUUUUGGGAGGACUAUGGAUGCCCCAAGAUCAGUUUGGAGCCUCCUCCAAGCCAAGCAGCGCUUCGCAGUCUGGCUCUCCCCAAGGGCCUCUUCAGUUAGCAGGGACUGCUGGAGGUAUCUCCACUACAGGUGGUGACAGCAUGGAAGAUGAUGAGGAUAGAAGAUCAGAAAGCUACAGUUGGAAAGGCCACCUUCAUAAAUCAGGCGAAGACGAUGUAUAGAGACAUUCACCAUGAAUUUUGCAGAUAAUUACCAUUCAUGGGGAAUUAGAUCAUGAACAAAACAAAUAAUACAACAUACAGAAUUAAGGACCCUCUUUAGAGGGACACAGAGGAGAGAGAGAGAGAGACGGGGGGAGGAGUGACGUAAAGAGAGAGAAAAGAGAGGUUAUGAAAUUUUGCAGGUUUUACAAACAUAGGUUGUAGAAAUUUUGUUUUGUUUUCCCUUUUUGUUUUAAUUUAGUUUUGUUACAACCACCAAAAAAAAUUAAUUUUGUUUCUCCUUGUUCCUUUCUCGGUUUUGGUCAGUAUGAGGAGGUUCAUGUAAUACCAUUGUGCAGGAAAGAAACAGAAAAAACUUUUCCAAGAUCAUACAGAGCAGCAUUAUUUUCCUAGAAAGUUCAGUUCUAGUAUGUGGAGAUUGAUUGGCCAAAAAAUUCUGCAUGCAGUUGGAUAGUUGUGUUUAAUGUGUGGAGUUUGUCUGGUCCAGAAAAAUCUGCUUUAGCUGGAGUCUUGUUUUGGCCAUUUCUAGCAUGACCUUGUCCUCAAUUCCAAUCCUUGGUUGGUCUUGAUACAUCUUUGUUUUUCUGUUUUCCUCUUGAUUGGAUGGGAAAUGUCAUUUUACUUGAAAAAUAUUCUCUAAAUCCACCAUUUCAUUCUCAGUUUAUUGUCUAAGGAUACACCAGUUUUUGGAUUAUGCAA